AUGCUAAAGGCUUAUUUAGACCACGUGGAUCCAGUUGAAAUCGAAAGGAAAACAACGGUGAACGAAUCAGAAUUGGAUAAAAACCCUAUAGACAUUGAAGACGUUCUAUCCCCAAUAAUUCGCAAAAUCAAAUCCAAGAUCAACGUUGAUAAAUACCAAAAUCAUUCACAAACAUUUAAUAACAUACAUGACUUUAUAAAACAAAACAAGUUAGAAAAAGCUGAAAAUACACGGAGCAAUCAAGAUACUCCUCCGGAUAACGAAAAUCACGAGAAAAUUUUAAGAGAACCCGAAAACAGUCCCCCCGAAGCGACAGAUCAGUUAAGUUACAGUGUAGAUCGCGCAGCUUCUAAGCCUUAUCGAUCUCUAGAUCCCUGGAAGACUGGGGCCAGAAAUACAGUGGAAUCUGGUGGUAGGAAAGUUGGUGAAAACAAAGCUCUGACAGCAAAAAAAGCUCGAUUCAAUCCCUACACAGCUAAAUUCGAAGGAUGCAAAAUAUGCCGCAUGAAGGUGCAUCAAGUAGGCUCACAUUAUUGUCAAGCCUGUGCAUAUAAGAAGGGUAUUUGUGCAAUGUGUGGUAAGAAAAUCUUAGACACUAAAAAUUAUAGACAGAGUUCCACA